UAAAUAUAACAAACGAUUGCAAAUAGAAGUGUAUCAAACAUUAUUGUUGAGUGAAUUUUAAUAUCCACAAGUAAUAACAAGUACACCAAACAACAAAUUAGUUUUGUAUUUAAGUAUUUAACGAUUAGAAGAAGAAAAAGACUGCGUGACGAUCGGUGGCACGGUUCAAGCGUGUGACUAAAACGAGCGCCAUCAGAACUCAUUUAUUUUCGUGAAAAAGUUCUAAACAAAUGUUAAAUAUUUUGAUUAUAUAUUCUGAAUAAUUACACAAGUAUGAAAAUGUAAGAAUUUUUUGAAAAUAAACCAUCUAAACAAUGUCACCGAAAUUCCUUGUUGUUACUAAAUUUCCAUGGAAACGUUAAUUGCUGUCAAAAAGGAAUGAACAAUUGAACCGGAUAUGAGUCUAAAUUUUAGUUUUCGACAAAUUCGUCUACUACUUCCCAUGAGCAUGGCUUCGUCAAAAGGUUGCGCCUGUGGGACACAAUGCAAAUCAAAAGAUGACGAAGUUGACGGUGAAACUUUGAAAACUCUAGAAGCGCAGUAUGACGCUUUGAUGAAGUCGAACUCUAAGUCACUUCUCAGGAAAUAUUUAACACGAAGGACUUUUGACAAGCUCAAAACAAAGAAAACUGGGUCGGGAUCAACUUUACUCGACUGCAUAAAAUCAGGUCUGGAGAACCACGAUUCUGGGGUGGGUGUGUAUGCACCAGAUGCCGAAGCAUACACAGUUUUCGGUGAUCUUUUUGAUAAAAUUAUUUGCCACUAUCACGGCUUUGAUAGGACCCAACGUCACCCGAACCAAGACUGGGGAAAUAUUGGAUGUAUAGGUGACCUUGAUCCUGAAAUGAAGUACGUGGCUUCAACACGUGUAAGAUGUGGAAGAUCUUUAGCCGGGUACCCUUUCAAUCCACUCCUAACUGAACAGCAAUACUUAGAAAUGGAGAAAAAAUGUUCCACAGUUCUCAAAUCUUUACCGGGAGAAUUCCAAGGAGAGUACUACCCUUUAGACGGGAUGACCAAGGAUAUCCAACAGCAGUUAAUUGAUGACCACUUCCUUUUCAAGGAAGGCGAUCGGUUUCUCCAAAGCGCUAACGCGUGCAGAUUUUGGCCUAAAGGAAGGGGAAUAUUCCACAAUGCUGACAAAACGUUCCUUGUGUGGGUAAACGAGGAAGACCAUUUGAGAAUAAUUUCGAUGCAACCAGGAGGCAAUUUAGGAGAAGUCUAUACACGAUUUGUGAACGGCGUUUGUGAAAUCGGAAGGAAAAUAACAUUCGCCAGAAGCGAGAAGUUCGGUUACUUGACUUUUUGCCCAACGAAUUUGGGAACAGCCAUAAGAGCUUCAGUCCACAUACAACUCCCCAAAUUGGCGUCGAACAAGGACGAACUGGAAAAGGUGGCGGCUCAGUACAGCCUGCAGGUGAGAGGCACUCGUGGAGAACAUACAGAAGCUGAAGAAGGUCUUUAUGAUAUUUCGAACAAACGACGCCUGGGACUUACAGAAUUCGAAGCCAUCAAGGAAAUGCAUGACGGAAUCAAAGCAUUAAUAGAUAAAGAGGAAAAAUUAUGAAAUAAAAAGCGUCUCGUAACAUCAAUAUAUAUUAUUAUUUAUAACAACUUAUCAAUGUUACAUGAUCACUUAAAUGAAAAUAAUAUUGUUUACAUUAAUAUUGUUAUUUGUGCCACUUAAACGGUUGUAUUUUUUUGUUCAUUCGUUCAAUCUAAUAAUAAAUUCGUUCAAUUCA